AUGAGUGAAGUGUUAAUUGCAAUUUCUGUUGUCUGGUUGGCUAUUGUGGCCUUCUUUGUCUUUUCAAUUUAUAAUAAUUAUUUAAAAGUUAAACAUAUUCCUGGUUCUUUCCAAUUCUUUUCAACAUUUAAGAGUUAUCCAUUGAUUUCACCAUUUCUUAGUUUUGGAGGUUUCAGAAAUACUGAAAAAUUGAUGAAUGAUCUUGGUGAUCCAAAAACCAAGACAGUUCGUAUUGCCAUGUAUGAUAGAAAUAUUGUUUCUAUUUGUGAUAAGGACAUGUUGAAGGAAUUGUUAGUUGUAAAGGGAAAUAACUUUAUCAAACAAGCUAAAAUUUAUGAAGUUUUUAAUACUUUUGGAAUUAAUAUCCUAUCUGCUUUGGAUGCUGGAGGUGAAACAUGGAAAAAUCAUCAUCGCGUUGCCUCUGGUGCGUUCGCUAGCAAGAAUUUGGAAUUUAUGGCUGAUAUUGCCUCAAAUACUGUUGAUUUAAUUCGUGAUUACAAGUGGGAAAAGGAAAUGAAGAAAGCUUUGGAUAGUGGUAAUAAGGGUUUCAUCUUUGAUUCAAAUGCUGACUUUUCUGACAUGACAUUAGACGUUCUUGGAAAGGCUGGUUUCGGUUUGGAUUUCUCAAUCUUUGAUGAAAAGAGUGAUGAAGGUAAAAUCUUCAGAAGGUCUUUGGAGAAGAUGUUCACUCUCGGUGUGAUUGCUAAACGUUUCAUUGGUUUGAAUCCAUUACUUUCAUGGGCUUUCCCAUUCGUUAGUAAAGUUACAGGAGUUGAUGAUGCAGUGAAGAUCGUGAGUGAUAAGCUUGAUCAAAUCAUUUCUGAAAGAACUAAAGAAGUUGAAUCAAAGGGAAUUGAAGAAAUCUCAACUGGUGGUGAAGAACGUAAAGAUUUAUUGAGUGUUUUGGUUGAGGCUAACUUUAUUCAGAAAGGUGUCUUGUCUGAUGCUGAACUCAAAUCAGACGCUUAUAUAUUUUCGCUUGCUGGACAUGAGACAACUUCAACAACUUUACAAUGGGUUUGUUACGAAUUGUCAAAGAGACCUGAAAUUCAAAAGAAAGCCAGAGAAGAAAUUGAUGCAACUUUAGGAGUUGGUGCUAAUAGACGUGCUCCAAACUAUAAUGAUUAUCCAAUUAUGAAUUAUGUCAAUGCUGUUAUUAUGGAAGCUCUUCGUUUGCAUCCGCCAGUUGUCAAUGUUUUUAGAGUUGCCAAGAAGAGUACUACCUUGGGUGAAUUUGCCAUUCCAAAGGAUACUACCAUUCACAUUAACAUUUUUGCUGCCAAUAGAAGUGAAAAGAAUUGGGAGAAACCAUUAGAAUUCAUUCCUGAAAGAUAUCCAAUGGAUGCAGCAUCUUUUUCUUUGGAUCUAUCAGAAAUUUGGAUGCUAAGGAUGUAA